UUGCCAUACUGCUAGGCAUAACCAAUACGAUACAAGAAAGAAAAACUCUUGUUUGUGCCGCAAAUUUAUAUAAAAAAACGAAUAAAAUGCCUGAAAGCGAUGUUACUAAGAUGAAGGUUGCGGAUUUAAAGCGCGAGUUGAAGCUGCGUGGGUUGCCAUUGAACGGCAAUAAAAAUGAAUUACAGGACCGCUUGCAAACCGCGUUACUUGAAGGCGACAUUUCACUGGAAGACAGUGCUAUUGCCGACGCUAUUGACGACGAUGUCUCUUUGACGGACGAGGACGAGCACAAAUUAUUGGGUGAUGAUCACGAGGAUUUGCUGCUAAAGAGCCCAGUAAGCACACCUACGGCGACAACAAUACCAGAGCUAUCUUUACAUACGGCAGCAGGGUCAGAUUCGCCAUCGGAGGCAACCAAUGCGUCGCUGCCAGCUAAGAAAAUCGUGCUAAAACGCAACAAUUCGCAACCGCUAGCGACGGCGGUGACGACAACAACAAUAAUGAUAUCGAAGGAAAAUGCUGCACCCGAAACAACGGACAGCAUACCCGGAGCUUCGGAGUUAGAGGAGAAACCGACAAAAACGCAACGCAAACCAAUUGUGGUGGGUGGUGCUGCAACUAAAAGCAAAGACGCGGCAGCAUUAGCCGACAAGAAGCUAAGCGAGCUGAGCAUACAGGAGCGCUUGGAAAUGCGUGCAAAGAAGUUUGGCAUUACACCCGAUACCAAAGCUGCUGCUGCACCCGCAGCUGCUGUGCCCACGGUUAACAAAUCAUCUCCAGCUUCAAUCAAGGCCAACAAGGGCAACAAGGAGACGGACGAACAGCAAAAGGAGGCUUUAAAGAGACGUGCCGAACGCUUUGGUUGUGUCGUGCCAGAAAAGAGUCCAAAAACCGUUACCGACGACCGGUUGCAAAAGCGCAAGGAACGCUUUGGUGCUACGGUUGGCACAUCGACUGUAGCAAGCGAUCCAAAGGGCCAAGGUGAAUGGGCUGAAAAAGCGCGGGCACGUCUGGAGCGUUUUAAAACAACACCAGCGGCCGUAGCUGAUGCAACAAAAUAGACGCCAAUGUUCUCUAGAAAACCCAGCUCAGUACCCACGCUCGGGCUGUUCUUUUUUUUAAGCCACAAUUAACCACCAACAAUGCGUGUAGCCGUUAAGCAAGAGUAAAUAACUUCAAAGAAUAUUAUUAAUUCCAUUUAUAUGGACUUAUUUUGAGUAUUUAAGUAGCUCUUGUUUCGAUUAAUAUUUCUUUGUAUUGCGAAAAAAUAAAGAUAUACUUAUUUUUAAUGG